AUGCUUACAGCGGCUUUGGUUCUGUUUUGCUGGUGUUGGGCGGCGGCGGGCGGCGCGCGGCCCGCGGCUGUGGACGUGCCGCGCUGCUGUCCAUCCGAGUACGCGCUGCCACCCGAUGCGCUGCGGGCCGACCUGCUGCGCGCCUCCACCGUGCCGGCCGCCUGCCGCCCGGCGCCCGCCCAGCCGCCCUGGGCACCCCGGGUGUACGCGCCGGCCCGGGGGCAAUUCCUCGACAGCGGCCGACUGCCGGGACACUGGCGGCUCGUGUACUCUCGCUUGCCAGCUUGCGAUGAAUUGCGAGUUUUGCGUGAGCAUGCCGCAUCUUACGCAUUGCUCGCAAACAACGGAUCUUUGUGGAUGCGUGGUGUCGCGCUCGCGUUACCGACCGAACGAUAUUGUGCGGAUGCGACGUCCGCCCUGGUAUGCGCGGAGGACGCCGGCGGCCGCGGUCCCGCCAAGUGUUGUGCCGAGGGACGAGUGUUUAACGGUUCUCGUUGUGAGGAGAACGAGACAGGAUCGAGCGAGGCUCUGCAAGAGUUGCGCGAGUUGUCAAACGGCAAAGCGGUGUUCGCCGGUUGGCCGGCGUGCGCGGAGGGUUCGCGCUACGCGGUCGCGGGCGUGCUGAGCGGUGCCAAGUUCCUCGAGGACGGCGCUCUGGAACUGCACGGGGAGGGCUCGCGGUUAGCGGCGGGCACGUGGUGUGCGGAGACGGUAGUAGGCGAGGGCACGCGUGUGCUGGCGUGUGAGGCGGCAGCGCGCGCGCAACGGCCGCCGCAGACGGCUCGCCACGCGCUGUACGGCGCGGGGCUGGCGGUGGGCGCGGCGUUCCUGGCGGCCACGCUGGCGGCCGGAUUCGCGCUGCCGGCGGCGCACCACGCGCUGCAUUGGCGCUGCCAGACGCAUUACGUAGCCGCGCUCAUGCUGGGCGACGUGCUGCUGGCCGCCACGCAGCUGGCCGGUGACCGCGUGCCGCCCGCGCUCUGCAGCGCGCUCGCUGUGUGUAUGCAUUUCCUGUUUCUGUCAGCGUUCUUCUGGUUGAACACUAUGUGCUUUAACAUCUGGUGGACUUUCCGGGACUUCCGGCCGACGUCGCUGGAGCGCGGGCAGGAGGCGUGCCGCCUGCGAGUGUACAUGGUGUACGCGUGGGGCGGGCCGCUGGUGGUGGCGGGCGCGGCGGCCCUGCUCGACCGCCUGCCGCCCGGCGCUGCUCCCGGCCUACUGCGCCCGCGGUUCGCCGUGCAGCGAUGCUGGUUCUACGGCGACAUGGAGAUACUCGUCUACUUCUUUGGCCCCGUCGGCGUGCUCCUGCUCGUUAACCUCGCGCUCUUCAUCUCCACCACCAGGCAGCUAACGUGCGGCCUCUGGCGGCGCGAUGAAGUCAAGUCCACAUCAGAGAGGGCUGCCCUCGGUCGCGUGUGCGCGAAGCUGGUGGUGGUGAUGGGCGUGACGUGGGGUGCAGAUGUGGUGUCCUGGGCGGCGGGUGGUCCAGAGUACGUGUGGUACGCGACGGACCUACUGAACGCGCUGCAAGGCGUGUUCAUCUUCUUGGUGGUGGGGUGCCAGCCGCACGCGUGGGCGGCGCUGAAGCGCGCGGCGGCGGCGUGGUGUGCGCGGGCGCCCGGCGCCGCCGCGCACUCAUCCUCGCAUCUGCCGUCCUGCGGGGAGUCCCUGACGCACACGACGGCCGCGCCGCCCGCCCAGCAGCCCGCCCAGCCGCCGGCUCAGCCGCGCCUGCCCAUGGAGACGGUGUGC